CAUAAUACAUAUUGAAUGUGUUAUGCGGCGAAGCUUGUGCGGAAAGUGAUUGUUUAUUUGUGUAGAAGGCGAUGUAUUUUUUGUUAGUUUGGUAGUUUGGCUUUCGUUUUAGGCGAAAUAUUGAUGGAUCCAGUCGGCAAGGAUGUUAAAGAGGCCGUUUGUGGUAAGCUAAAGCUAAAUUAGAGAUUAAUCUUUGCGGUGGCGUGUUUGCUGCAGAGAGUAAUCGUGAUCAUGAUCGUUCACUUCCAUUGAAGCAACCUAUGGACUUCCGGUAUAUCAGACAGCAUUUGAAAGUUUUCUGCGAUUAUGCUUUGUUACUUUGAUAGUAUAAAUGAAUGACUUCGCUGCUUCAUAGUUAAUGCUGAUCACUUGACUUGCAUACGGCAGGAAUACCAACAAUGAGAAGGCUGAAGCCACGAAGAGAAAUAUGCACUCGAAACAUCCUACAAAUUUCAGUAUUAUACAUGUAUAACUGCUUGGUAUUGUAGCUGUAACGAAUUUUUACCCAGUAUACAUUUAGUUCAUGUGUUAUAACUACAUGUGCAUGUGGUCAUGUGCUUUCCAUCGUAGUUUCUCCUAUACAUGUAGUUCAGCGAAUUUCAAAGCAUACAUUCAUACGCGGAUGAACUGAAUUGCAAGAAUGCGAAACACUCGAUGCAUAACCUUUUAAACAUUUACAGGAAGCGAAAAUUCCCAACUCGUGUAAAUGCUGACAAUAUUUUGCUACGACCAUCGGCCAAUAGGAGUGUUAACCCUUAAACUGCCAAGAUCUGAUUAUCAAUUCUUGCCUCUGGUGGCUUCACGUUUCCUUGAGUAUCAGUUAUGAGAAUUUGGUGUCAGAUUAAGACAACAACUUCUACCUGAUAAGUUUGAGUAUUCUCAUUACUUGUUUGCUAGAAAAGAUAAGGAUAUCAUUAAGAGAAGUUACAUGUCAAUCACUUGUGGGGUACAAGGGUUAAUUGUAAUAGUAAACACAAGGAUGAUUUAGAGUUUGUUAGUCUCAAGGAGACCAGUUUGCCUUCACUCUGCCUAGAGAAUGAUGUUUUUACCUCAUAAACAAAUAACUAGUGAAUGCCUGCUUUGGACUUUCAACCUUGAUCUUUUUACUCUGCCCUUUUUGUUUCAGAGGCUGAAAAGUUUUUUUCUGUUACACUGGCCAAAGAAAAACUUUCUCCAGCAGCAGAGAUAGAGCGUACCUUGCUAGCAGACAAGUUCAGAAAGUUGAAAACCCAACUAGGAUUGCAGAAUGAGUUGUCUGGUGGUGGUAAAGGACCUCCACGUCCACCAAAGGGUAAAGUUCCUGUGCCGGCACCUGUACCAGCAGCCAGUGAUGACCUGGGUGGAGAGGAACUCUAUGAUGACGUGGCUGGUAUUUAUUUUCCCAUUCUGUUUCUGGAAAUUUAAUCGUAACAUGAAAUGUACCUGACAAAUUUAUAAACCUACCAGUUUUAAGACCAAUGUAUCUUUACUCUCAUUAUAUGACUGCAGGGCAGUUCUUGGAUGCUGUAUGGGGAUGUUAGUUAAUUGUUACUCCUUGGAAUGAGAGGGAUAAAGGCUGAGGUCAAGGGUUGUGCACAGAGGUGAUAAUUAUUGAAGAAAGUAAAUUGUAUUCUACAGCUGUUAUAGCUCAAGAUGAUCAAUACUAUGAAAUGAGCCAGGGUGUUGAGGGAAAUGAUGUACCAACAAGUGCAGAUAUGGGUGGUGAGAACUAUGAGGUGAUGUCAGCUGAGCAGGAAAAUGAGGCUCAAGGUGGAGAGGCUGCUGGUGAAGACUACAUGGCUAUGGAAGAUGACCCAGGCCAAGAAGAUUAUGUAGAACCUCAAACAGAGAACACUGCAGAUGAGAAUUAUGAAGUUACAGAGCAAAGUGUGAAGCCUCCAGCUCCAGCUGAGCAAGAAGAGAACUAUGAGAUCCCAGGUGCUGAUGAAGAUUAUGAAGGUAUUGAGGAUAGUAAAUACUUAGUUAUUGUUAUUGUCAUUUAACUCAUUAAGUUGAUAUUAACUCCUGAAGAAAUGCAGUUGUAGCAGCAGUCAGUGGUACUGAAAAGCUGAAUGUUAACCAUUGAAUAGUGGAAAGUAGAAAGGAGAUUUUUUUUAUUCUGAUUCCUCUUUUGCCCUUGACUGUAACAAUCUAAAAUUGUAACUAUCGCUGGAUCAAGAAAAGUGACACCCCUUGCAGUGUUCUCCUUUUCAGGCAGUAACCAGUAACAUUUACUGCCUGUAGUACCUCUUAUUACCCUUUAAAAUUGCUUGGAAUUCUUGAAAAUUCAACAGGUAAAAGGAUUGCUUUACCGGUUUGAAAAUAUAUUUUACCUGUCAUACUUAAAAUAAGGGAGAACACCGACCCCUUGUCUCCUUAUCUGAAUUGCCAGGAAAUAAAAAAGAAAUCCUGAUCAAUAAGCAUCUGUUAUGACACUUUUUCUGAUUCUACCAAGACUACUGAAAGAAAAACCAUUUUUUAAUGAUGCUGUUAACCUUUUGGGGAGCCUCUCUACAAUAUUCUGCAAUUUUGAAUAGUUUAGAAUCCAAGGCCGGUGUACAAACCCAAAGUGAAUGGUAUGUGUAUGGGAGUAGCCAUCCCCAGAACUUAUUAUUACUUAACUUCAACUUAUUAUUACUUAACUUAAAAUAUGCACUAUCCUAAUAUCAGACCGGUUAGGCUCCCAUUUGGAUUAUUCACAACACAGCUUUGUCUUCAACUACUAGUCUAACAUAAUUGUCUCCCCCAAUGGUCUAACUUGGUAUUGCACCUGAAAACAGACGAGUAAAGAUAACAAGGUUACAUCUUAGACUCUACUGCCAAUUUGCCAGUAUGUGCUUCAAGGGAGAAGAGCAUUGUACAUCUUAGGUAUAUCUAUAAGGACUGAUGGUGACCUCCACCCACUCUUUCCCUGACUUGAUUGACCAACCUAACAAUGAAGGGUUUCUUGCUUGGCAUAAUACUACCACUGAAUGACAAUUGGAGUUUUGUGGUUUAGUUACAGACACGGAUCAUUCUGCUCCAAAAGACGCAGAUGGUGAGAUGUAUGAAGGCAUUGAAGCACCAGAUAGUUUAGUAGAUGGAACUGUCAACUGGGAUCAACUAAAACAGAGCACAAGUCCUGAAAAAGUUCAAGGUGUCAUUAUAACAGGUAUUGAUUAGAUCUCCUCACAAUAAUUGAAAUAAGUUUGGUUGUGAGCUCAAAAAAUUGGCAGUGGGUGGUAACAUAGCUUUGAAACCUUUGACUUUCUGAUUUUAUUAUUACAUUUACUUCUGAUGCUCUUUUACUGAGCUUCAUCAGAUGUAAGGUAGGCAGUUUAGUAAACUGGGAAAGUAUUCAGGUUUAAAGUUGUUUAUGAUUACAAGGCACAUGUUCUUAGUUAGUGAGGGAUACAGUCUCCUAAUGUCAGGCUGGAUAGCAGGCUUAGGGUUUAAAGUUCAUUGGGUUAGUUUACCUAUAUUGCCUCUCCCUAUCCAUUAGGCUGCAUUGUUCAAAGCUGGGGUUUCAGAUCUGAAAGCUUUAAAAGAAAAUUCAUUUUGGUCAUUUUUGUCCACAAUUUGAUGAUUAGAUGUUCUGAAAAGAAUAGAGAAAAUUAUCCGAAAGAGGCUUUUAAACAAAAGGAAUGAAGAAACCAGGUUACAAUUGAACACUAGGUUUGCUCUACUUGGCUUUGAACAACCAGGCCCAGGACCAUAAAUUAACUUUGAUGAACUAUCAAGAAAGCUUGAUGACAUGCUGGGGUGGGGAGGGAGGGGAGUAACCUGUGAUGCACCAGCAUCCCAUCCAAGGGAGCAAGACAAAAUCCUCAUUAAUUCAAAAGUUAUUAUCAUUGGCUACAAAACUCGGGACAAGCUUUGCUAGUGUGGGCCAAUUGGCUUUAAUGAUGACCAUGCUACAUCAUCUGGGUUUGAUGUUAAAUUUAUUUUGCUCCCCUGCACCAGUAUCAUGUUUCCAAACACAUUCAAACUUUGAAAUGCAAAUUAUCUGAAUUCCAAUAGUCAUUUCAGAAAACUAAUUUAAACCACUUUUCUUUAGUACAUUCUUCAACUUCAGAGGCUCAUUUUGCAUGCUAUUUGUUGUAUGUGUAGCUGAGAGAGUUUAGCACCAUUGGGUACUAUUACGUGUUCAAUAGGCUUCAAAGAUCACAGAAUUCUCCGAUGCUACACAGAGAUCACCAGUUCAAUUCCCAUGGGCUAAUGUACUGUAAGUUGACGUGCCUCGAAAUUCGAUCCUCGCUUGUCGGAGUUUCGAGACUUUCAAUUCGAGUUUCGAAAACUUUGAAACUUUCGAGAAGAGAAAAUAUUUCUCAGUGAAAACCCGAGGGCAUUGGUUCACAUUAUUUACAAAUACCAUUCUUUUUCUCUUAUAAUUUUGAAAAUAUUAUUUAAUAAUUAAUUUACUCAUUGUUAAAUUGUUAAAAUUCUAGUUAGUAGUUUUGAUCGCUAAAAAUUAUUUUCCUGCAGGUUUUUUGAACAAACGUCGCAAGGAAGGAAAGGUGUAUUUGGGAAGUAAGUUUCAGAAGAGGUUCUGUGUAGUGCGUAACCACGCGAUGUACUACUUUAAGGACAAGAAGGCCAACAAACAACAAGGGCAUAUCUUGCUGCCAGGUUACAAAGUACAGCUAGCCAAUAAGAGAGGCCGAGAGUUUCAUCUCACGCAUUCGGGUGGCCAGAGGACUUACCAGGUACAAGAGUCACACCCUCAAUUUGCUUUUGUUAAUUUUGUUAACUUUCGAAAGUGAAAUUUCUAAAAAUAUUUCUUUCCUCUCAAAUAUCCUGAAAUUAUGGAACGAUUUUUCAAUCGUUUUAAGAAGCCUGAGGAAAAAAAUAGACGCAGGCGGAAUGGACUAGGAUAUGAGAACUCUGGGGAAGUGACUUUUUUAUGAGCUUCUCUCUUCUCGUUAUUUUAUACAAGUUUUUCAUAGCCACAAACAUGUUAGGCAAGUGUUACCAUCCCAGUGUGGAACAUCAGGCGACUUGGAGUAUUACUACCCCAUGUUGAUGAACGGAUUAGGGUUCCGUGCGGUUCCCUUACAGUUCAUUGCCCCCUAUUUAAACCGCUCGGGCAAAGUGAGGCACUAUGACGGUUCUAUGUCUUGUUUAAGAUUACAAAACAGUAAUUCGGUUAUGGCUCGAACCCGAUGGAAUUUUCCGAUGUGAUGUGCACUUCUUCUGAUGUGUAGUGCAUUAACGACUAAUCCCCAUCUGGCUUUGUCAUACAACAUGCACCGUCGCAAUCGCAGGACUGUUUUAAAAUUUAAAUGGAGAAAAAACUGUUGGAAUGCAUUUUAAACUCUACUGAUUUAUGUAGCUGAUCUGUAGAGGGCGACAUUUUUAUUGUUCUCUUCUUUCUUAGUUUGAGACAAACAGUAAGGAAGAAACAGAAAAGUGGAUAAAAGCCAUUCAGAGGGCUUGUGAUGCUCCGCUGUCUGAACAUCAAAGGGCUAAAUUAGAAGAAAUGCGCAAUAGGCACACCUCAGGAGAUGAUGACAGCCUUCACUAUGUUGACGCGGGCCUAAAAAACGAAACUGUGGAAGAAGAAGACGAAGUGUAUGAUGACACUCAAGAAGAUUUAUACGAAGCAGUGGAGACUGUUCAAUCACCUGUUUCAAACCACCCUUCUCCAGGCCCUUCACGGGAGGUGGUUGACUACGAAGUUUCUCCCACGGCUGUCCCCUCAAAACAGGCCCCGCUUCCACUUUUCCCUGGUUAGUUAACAGAUAAUAGCGUCAUGGCUCACUGAAAGUCGGGAUGGGGCGUGUUAGAGUAUUCGCUUUCAUAUAAAAACGUCGUAGACUAUCGUGGCAUUUCUCAAUUGCAGACAGCAAAUUUGCGCAGUGCGGGACAUCUCUCAUCUCAUUUCGUGGCGAUAAACACCUGUUACGCCACUUAAAUAGACCAUCGAUUUUCGUGCGCAAGUCGCAUCAACAAGUUGGAGGUUUAUUUUUUGAGUACAUGAAUUUUAUUUAUAUAUUUAUUUAUUUUACUUCAGGUGAAAACAAAACAGUCGAACCAAUACAAGAAGAGGAAUACGAACUACCCGAGGCAUCUGCACCUCCACCUCGACCCAGCAAGACAGAACCCAUGCCACCCAUCCCCAGCGAAGACAAACCACCAGAGAUACCACCCCCGCGACCUUCUAAAGGACAGCCGCCAGCCCCUCCCGUCCCUCCUGCUCGUCCUGUACCGCAGCAAGAUGACAUGUAUGAAGUUGCUGAACCAAACGCCCCUAACGACACCUCAGACUUACCGCCUCCCCCACCCCCUGUGUCAGUGGAAGAAAAUUACGAAGUUGCCGAUACUCAAGCUCCUGCCCCACCCCCGAUGCGUCCACCCAAAAGACCUCAACCCCAGAUUCCACAGCCGCCAGUCAUUCCUCCAGAGUCACGUAAGUUGAUAAUAUGUCCAUUGAUUUAACUGCUCUCUCGGUAUGAAGUUGGUCUGUGUGGUAAAUUUCUGAGAAAUUCUGUGUUUAGCUGGAGUGGGUAAAUCAGGUGAAAGGGAAAUCUAAAAAAUUCUUAUACGUCUUCGUACUCGUCAGCAAAAUUGCAAUAAAUGCGGUAGUUAACCUUUUAACUCUUGAGAUCUAGUUGUUAAUUCUCUCCUCUAGCUGCUUCAUAUUUCAUUGUAAAGUAGUAACAAGAAAUUUUUUUUUAGAUCUAGAUAACUUCUACUUGAUAAGUUUGAAUAUUCUCGUCACCUGUUUGCUAGGUGAUGUAUGGAUAUUCUAGGGAGAAGAUAACUUUUGGUAGUUAACGGGUAAAUGUAUUUUUCCUGGAACAGCUGCAGAGAAAGCUCCUGAGCGACCAUCAAAGCCAGCUGCUAAGCCACAGCCUCCUGCACCUAAACCGAAAGACGAACCACCUCCGAGUCCCAAAGAAGUUCAGACGAUUGAAAUCAACUAUGCUAACAUCUAUCAAGCCCUGUGGACCUGUGAAGCAGAUGACAAAGAUGAGCUGGCAUUCCGGCGAGGUGACCUGAUUUAUAUUUACGAAAAGCCGCAUAACGAUUGGUGGAUCGGGUCUUUGUUCAAACCUCAAGGGUAUAGUGUAGGUCUGGUGCCGAAAAAAUAUGUCAUGGAGGCGUACGAGAUGACAGCGUAAAGUUUAGCUUGUAACGCAAUGUUUUUCGUCUUCUCCUUCAACCAGGCGUCUCUUGUCAGAGCAAAUGAUUCUUAAAUCGCUUGUAGUUUAAUAGAAUACAAUUCAUAGCCCGAUUGAAGAAAUGACCUCAAUACAUUGUAAACAAGAAAACACACAUCAGUGGGAACUGGUGAGUGUAACGUCUCCAAAAGAGAGAAAAGAACGUUUAGGCGGCGUUUGUUGUAUAAUCCAAUAAGCGAUAUCGGAAAUAGUUUUUUUAGACUUUUUUCGAUUCUGGUGUCAUUUGCGCUCUCAAAUCCAAGAUGUAAGUUUAAGGAAAACAACAUAUAUCACCAUCUUAAAUUGAAAUGCUCGGAUGUUGUGUAUUAAUGACCAUGGAACAGUGAAUUGUUGCAAUUGGGGAAUUUCUUUUUAGAAUGGAUAUAUUUCACCUAAUAUAGAUUAUUUGAGGUUUUAGUAAACAAAUAUUUUCUCAUACACGGACAUUCCAACCCUCCCGAUUUGAUGUGUUGCUUUCCGCCCUCCCUAUUUUUAUCAGGUUCUCCCGAUUUAUCAUAAAAAUUCUGAUGAGAAAGAAAAAAUUGCUCAUCUUAUAUGUAUUUUUCGCGAUCUUUUUGUGGCUCCCCACUGAAUGCAUUUAUGCCUUGUGGACAGAAAGUUUACAAUUAUUCAUGAUCUUCCAAAGUGGCCAUCGUAAAAGUAAUAAAAGAUAUCUUCCUUUUUGACUCUGCAAUGAUGGAUUAACAACAGCAAAGAAAAGCUCAAAGAUAUCUGUAUUAAGAGUAGAGACCUUAUAGAAUACCAAAAAAUUGAUGUCAAAUGCAGGAAAUGCCACCUGAGAGAAAUUAAAUUUGAACAUUUUUCUGGGGGGAGGGGCAUGCCCUUAGAUCCCCCCCAAGAGGCUCGCACCUUCGGCGCUAAAUAAUAUACUCCCCUCUAAAGGGGUUGGAAUGUCUGCACAUAUAUCGGAGAAGAUGAAAAGUAGGAAUAGUAUAAUUCUUAAAAUUUGAUUCGCCUCGCUUUCUUGUCAAGCUGUGCGAAAGCGUUAAAUGCAGUAAAUGCACUGCCAAAAAAAAAAAUAUUCAGAGACGAAUGUACUGAGCAAUUAUAAAGAAACUCAGUUUUGUAUUUAGAGCAUUACUAUAAAAGUAUUUUAUCUCAAUGAGGAAAAAAUUAGGUUAUUUUUCUAUGAAAACAAAGUAGAGCAAUGAGUCUUUAGAAUUCCAAUCGGCUGUCGCAUUUUUUUAAUUUUACCGUCAACCAUUAUGGAGUAGAAUCCGCUUUUAGUUAGUAGUUUUAGUCAACACAUCUGUGUUUUCCUUGAAUAUUAUUACAUAUAGUGAAGAGUACACAUUAUGAAAUUGUGUGAACUUUUCCAGAAUAUGCAAUAAAGAGAGCCAUAGAAAAGUUUAGUUAGUUCAAUCCUUCAGAUAUCCGUCUAACUGCACUUGGUGUUUGGUUGGCAUGCGGUACUUCCGGACAGCUCAAGAAAUCAAAAAGAAAGCGCCAAUAGAGAGCGGACCGUACCAAUAAUUAAUCCGAAAUACUUGGACGAUAUCAACCAAUCACACUUUAAGAAACAAAAGAUUUCCAAAUCAAUUGUGUUAUUAAGUGCUAGGAACCAAAGCAAGGGAACAUGAAGCUACACAACACAACACCGUGAAAGGUCGCAGUAUGGUUUUGCUUUGACACCAAGACAUGGAAAUUUUUCAAGAACAUCUUCAUCUGUGG